AAAAAGCCCUCUAAAGGCUAUUUGGUGGAUGAUAUAUGUACAUUUGGAGCAGAAGUCUUUGUUACCAGGGAAAGAAGCACUGGUAAAGGAGAAUCUUUGAUGAUGUUGAAGGAUGUCAUCACCUACAAGCACGUCUGGGAGAUUGACAACUUCUCAAAAUUGGAUUCAGAAUGUUGUGACUCUAAGCCAUUCAAUACUGGAAACUAUGAGUGGAAGGUAAAACUAUAUCCCAAGGGAAAAGGUGCUGAAUUGGGCAGUUAUCUUUUACUUUACCUAGCCUUAGCUAACCCAACAGCCCUUCCUCCAGGUUCUAAAGUAUAUGCACAGACAGUAUUACGCAUCAUUGAUCAAAAGCAAGCUAAGCAUUAUUUUGGAAAAGGUAACUACUGGUUUAGUGCCUCAAACAAUGAAAAUGGUGCAUCCAGAUUCAUUUCAAUCAGUAAUUUCACCAGUCAAAACAUGGGAUAUCUGGUGAAAGACAUUUGCUUGGUAGAAGCGGAGGUUACAGUUCUUGGAGUGGUUGAUGCAUGUUUCUAA